GGAAGCCCAGAUUCCAAGGCCUCCCCCUUCCCCGAUUACCGAUUCUGCAGAUUGUUUUCUUCAAUUCCAACCGAUAAUCGUCUCCUCUGCAGAUUUUCUGAUCUGGGUCUCGUCCUCUCAUGGCUGCGGCAGCGGGAAGGGGGCGCGUCUUCCCUUAAUCGCCCAUUCCCUCUCAAACCCUACCCGAUCUCUCUGGGUUUUCCGACGGCUACGGAUUCGCGUCUUGUUGGUUUCUUCGAGGGGGGUUGGGGGGAAGGCAGGAACAAUCCCAGGAUAAUCUUUUGGGCAAAACCCCGAUGCCAGGAGCCUUGUAAACUUCAACCCAAUUCCUCCUUUCCAAUGGAACGCCCAUUGACUACAUUCAUCUUCGUGAUUUCGGGGUUUGCUUUCAGUAUUUUGUCGCUUCUUGUUGAGUGUCAGCCUCAGGAUAGACCCAAUUCUCCUGUGACGCCUUCUCCACCGCGACUGCCAUCCCCUCCGCCUCGAUCGCCGUCCCUCCCACCGCCUUCGCCGCCAUCCCCUCCUCAGCCUUCGCCGCUGUCUCCUCCUCCGCCUUCGCCGGUUUCUCCUCCACCGCCUCGUCGUCGUCGUAGUAGUAGUCCGCCCCCCUCACGUGCAUCCUCCGCAAGGAAUGAAAACCCCCAACUUGGUGGGACACACAAGAAGAAUAAUAAGAAGAAUCAAGCAGAGAAGCGAAGUCGUCUCAAUAAGGGGAAGCAAGUUGGGUUGUUCUUUGUAGGUAUCGCCGCAGUACUUCAAGUCUGUGUGGUGGGAUUUUUGGUAUUCAAGAGGCGGCAGCUCCUAAGAUUCAAGGAGCAGUAUGAAAGUUUUUCUUGAAUUCGUUGGAAUCUGAUUUCUUCACCUUACAGCAGAGAAGUAUUCUUGAGGACAUGGGUGGCCCUUGAGCUAACUGGAUGGAUCGCCUCCUCAAAAACCAACAGUUGUGUAUAAAUUUUGGAGUCUAGGGUUGGGAAGAGGCACAGAGCCUUGUUCUUUGAAUUUGUAAGAGGCUGCACCGCAGAAGAUGAAAUUCUGAGCAGCUAGCAGGCGAAUAAGGGGGGGCGAGCGUCUUCUCUUGAGGCUUUCCUCAGGUGUUGUGUAAAAAUGGGUAAAUGAUGAUUGGUUGAGCUUUUUCUUCUUGUGAUUUUUGAAUUCUUGUUCAUUCUUUUGUCCAAUUCUGAUUAUACAGUUCAUUAAUUCAAAGCAGAAGAAACCGUCUUGGAAUACCUCAUUUUGUUAUUGAAUUAUUUUUCUGCUAACCUCUGCUCCGUAUGGCUGUAAAAGAUUUGUCUAAUAUCACAAACAAAUUAUGCACUGAACCUCUAUACUUUCUCCCUUGCCUGAGCAUGUAAUGUUGAUUAUUGUAGACGCAGUUUUGUUUAUCUGUGAUAUUGCUGAUUUUGGCAAGUAUGGCAAAGCCAGUUCUUUUUAGACA